AUGAACAUCCAAAACGUCGGCGAGACUGAGGACGAUCCACUAGGGCAAUGGCCCGCAAAGUACAUGAUGGGUCCUCCUAGCAUGGCUCCGGACUGGCAUCCACUGCUCGAAAAAUGGGGAUUGCAAGUUUUGAAGAAAGCUGGGUUUAUCAACUACAGCCUUCAUAUCCAUCCAGUCUUCCGAAAGGCCAUGUGGAAGGAUCUCGAGGAUGAAGACUAUAAGGUGAUUGAGCCAGCAUUACUCAUAGCAAGUGCAUAUCUCGACGACGAAAUCACUCUGACCUAUUUCCAUGCGAUGGCUGCUGGUCCUGAGGAGAUGGGCACAUUCAGCGACGAUGUUCUCGGUGAAUGUAACAUCGCAACUAUUCCUGAGACGCUAGCCCGAGAAAAGCAGAUCGAAGCUUAUGCGAAAAUCAGAAAGAUGUGUGAUUUCACUACCUGGAAAUUUGAGUCGGUCCACAGAAUGUCAAAGUCUCACUGCACCGGUAUGAUGAAACCUCUUUUCCAAACCGAAACCGAUAGUAUGACACCUCCUGACACAAUCAGCAAUACUCACCAAUCAGAAAUCUACCUGAGCGAUCAAUUCGGUCCUCAACUGCUUCUGUACGAACAACAAGCAGGAGCUGGUAAUAGGACAUACGAUACACUUCAGCGAGCCGCCGGCAUACCACCAAACAAGAUGAUCACAAUCCUCGCCGAAGGAGUACUAGCUCGUACAACCGUAACCCUCGCCAUCACCAUCUUGCACGAAUUCGUCCACGCGUUCGGAAAAGCCUACUUCCCAAAGCCUGUCCUGGACCACCCUUUCGAACCUUGGUUUCCAGGAAAAAGGACAAACGAACAAGGUUGUUCAUUCGAGGAAUUCGUAUUCGGUGGAAUGAUCAAGUCGCUGAAUAUCUGGGUGCCACCUAUGAGCUUGGGCUGGGAUGGCUGGCAAAACAUCUCGCCAGCAUUUGGACUUUGGUUCGAUGAGAAUGAAGAUCAAUGGUUUGUGCAUGAUCCCGCGGGGGCGCAAGCAAUUAUGAAUGAUUACCUGCCUGUUGAUAGAAGUCGGCCGAAGAAACUGUGGCCCAUACCUCAGGAAUGGUGUCAGCGUUUGCUUACUGAUGGCAUGUGGAAUGAUCAAGUGACGAGGUUUGGGCAGAGAGCUUACAAACUGCCACGGCUUGAGUAUUGGGCGACGUACAGGUGGCAACGUGGUGGUCCGGGUGUGUGGAAGACGGGGCAGGAGAGAUGGAACGCUGUGCCACGGGACCCGGUGUCCGACACCGCGCCUACAUGGCUGUGA